AUGCUUGACAGAGCUUGGCUGCCUCAUAUGGCUGUCGAGCACAACUUUGACUGGAAGCCUGCUAAUAGCCCAACCAAAAUCGAGCGCGCUGCUGCUCCUGUCGGCUUUCCUCGGUCAAUCAAUGCAGAGAUGGUGUGGGAAGGUGCCGACUUCCAAAGGCAACCAGGUCUGUACCGAUACGAGUUGACUAAGCGGCAUAUACAAGAAGUGGAAGAUGCAGCCAUGGAGGUUGAAGCGCAAGGACUGCCUCUUGGACAACUGUGUCCUGAGAACUUCUGCCUUGCAACCUUCGGCCCUGUUUUACGUCGUUUGGCACGAGACGUUGCCCACGGGCGUGGCUUCUUCGCCCUUCGUGGUUUGGACCCAAGCCGAUACUCGAAAUCCAGAAAUAUUGUAAUUUAUGUGGGCAUUGCGUCGUAUAUUGGGAAUCGGUGUGGUCGGCAAGAUGAGUAUGGGAAUAUGCUAUUGCACCUUACCGAUCUAGGAUCAACGGCCGCGCCUGAUAAUGAGCGCCAGGCGCCGUACUCUUCAGUAGGCCAGCCGUUCCACACCGACACGGGCAGCAUCCUUGGCCUGUACGCUCUCGAAAAAGCCACCUAUGGAGGCGAAAGCAAAAUUGCCUCUUCCUGGUUUAUCUACAAUCAGCUUCGAAGGGUCCGGCCAGAUCUAGUUCGUGCAUUGGUCAAGAGUGAUUGGAUCUUUGACACGUUUGGCCAAAAUCCGCCGUAUCGGACGAGACCACUGAUCCAUGUGGAGGAUGGCAAGGUAGUGUUCUCCUUCUCCAGACGCCCGCUACUUGGCUCGGCGACAUCACCUCGUAGCAAGGGCGUUCCAGAUCUGAGCGACAUGCAGGUCGAAGCGCUCAAUAUGAUCCAGCUACUGGCCGAGGAGUAUGCGCUUGUUAUCGACCUUGGACCAGGAGACAUGCUGUUUUGGAACAAUCUGGGGUUACUUCAUGCUCGAAAUGGUUUCACUGACUCACAUACCCGUCGGCGACAUCUUGUACGGAUUUGGCUGCAUGACGAUGAUCUCGGCUGGACAAUUCCUCAGCAAAUUCGGGAACCCUGGAGGGAUGCAUUCGAACAUGACGGCCGAGAGCAGCUUUGGCCCCUGGAGCCCAUUACUGACAGAACUUAUAUCACCACGCAGCAACGUUCUUCGGGUCAUAGUUGA